AUGACGCAAUUGGCCAGUACGCUAUGCCUCGAGACCUCGACCAACAACUAUAAAAGGGAGCCUACUUCGCAAACUAUUCCUUCAUUACAACAGAAACAGAGAAACAUGUCCGACGCUGGUAGACAAUCCAUUGGUGAAAAAAUCGUUGACGCGGUUACCCCCAACUCCGAAAAGAACACCGCCGAAAAGGUUGGUGACUCCGUCAAGGGCACGGCCGACGACGUUGCCGGUAAGGUCACUCCUGACUCGCAAAAGUCGUUCACCCAACAGGCUUCCGACAAGAUCUUCGGUAAGUAA